CAGAGCAGAACCUUUCUCUCGUUCGUGCUGACGAAUUGAGCAACGAGAGAAGCUAAAUUCUGUGUGUGUGUUUGUGUAAACAUUCGGUUUACGAGACGGGAGUCACGAUGGAGUGGCCAAAGGACAUGCUGGAGGAGAUAGAAGACUUUCGCUUGGAGAGGUCGAUAAGAAGUCUCAAGACGAAUGAGGAAAUCGAGAAGUUGAGUGUCGACGAGAAAUUGAGUUCUUUGGAUCGAGCUCUGUAUUUGCUCAAAAACGGUCAAGACGUGCAGAAAUUGAGUGUCGUUUCGAAUCUGACGUCACUGAUGAGGCAGAGUCCGAGUGAGACUCAGAGGAAAGUGCUGCCGAAGAUAUGCGAACUCGUUCCCUCUGCUCAUGUGGACAUUCAAGUUGGUGCAGCGGAAGCUUUCUCGCUGUUGCUCGAGAACAAGCAGCUGACCGCACACACAUUCCAUUCAAUGCUCUUUCCUACUGUAUUGAAUGGAUUGGAGAGCAGAGAGAGAGUCGUCUCUUCAGCGUGGGUCAAGACUCUGUUGGUUGUUGUGAGCAGCUACAGUUCUGAUGUGAUCAGGAGAGAGAUAUUGCCGAUUGCGUUGGCAAAAGGGCAGUUGUCUCAGACUGUGUUGUCACGUCUAGCCAGCUGUGAAAUACUGGGACAAAUUGCAACUAAGUUUGAGGCUGUGAGGGUGUGUCGUGAACUGCUCAGUCUUGUGACAUCACUAUGUCAAGAUGUUGACUAUGAAGUGAGAGCUUGUAUGUGUCGACAACUUGCUCCAAUAGCGAAGCAGCUGGGAUCCGAACUGACGGGCAAUCUCAUCCUACCCGAGUUGAUCGAACUCGCCAAAGACGAAGAAUGCACCGUGCGCAUCGCGUGUCUCGAAACUCUCGUCUCCAUUCUCGACCAACUGGACAAAGAGUUAAGAGUUUCGUCUGUCAUUCCUCUCGUGCGAGAGUGUUUUGAGAGUGCAUUUGCAUCUAAGGAUGCGUCGCUGCAAGUCGUGUGUCAGUUAUAUGGCAGGUUUUGCCACGUGUUGAAGGACGUAUGCGACAACGAUCAUCGCAAAUGGUUUCUCAAUUUUUAUUGUCAGAUGGCAACAUUGAAUCAAGGGAAUGCAAAAUCACAGAUGCUUGUCACGGCUCCGAAAACGAUGGGCAUGCCAAGUUCUGAUUGUUCGAUUUCAGAUAAUCCUAUCUCCGAAUGUCGUCGUCUUUGUGCGUACAACUUUCCAGCGAUGACACUUUUUGCCGAGCCUCAUAAUUUUGAGCACGAACUGUCGGUAACUCUUCAGCGAUUGGUGACAGACCAACAUCCUAAAGUUAGAAGGACAGUAGCAUCAGGAUUUCAUGAGGUGGCAAAGAUUUUAGGGCCGAUACUUGUCGGUGUAGUUCGUCCUCAGUUUCUCACUUUGCUGAAAGAGAGCUCAGUAGAGGUUCUUCAAGGUGUCGUCAGUCAUCUCGGCGAUUCCCUCUGCGUCUUUGCAAACCAUGCCUCUCUCGGCGACUCCAAAUUUGGCGGCCUACCUGACUUCAUUCCAGCCAUCAUCACAUGCUCACAAACCGUCGCAAAGUCUCGCCUAUGGAGACUCCAAGAAGACCUACUCCGUCAAUACUGCUCCCUACCCAACUGCCUCACAUCAGACCAGAUAUACUACAAGUUUGUUCCACGGGCAUUCAAACUCCUCUCAUCAAAGCACGUGUUGCCGGUCAAACUGGCGGCCGGUCGUGCCCUCUGUAUCUUCAUAUGUCACAAUCGACGGAAAGAGCAGCGACAGGACAUGUGCAGUCGAAUAAUAGAAGAUUUGGGUGGUAGUCGUAGCUAUUGGAAUAGAUUGUUGUUCAUUGAUGUGUGUGGCUUCAUUUUGGAGUUCUUCUCGAAGAGGUUUUUUAAGACGACGUUCUUUGAGUUUGUGCUUGUCUUGGCGAAGGAUCCGGUUGCUAACGUACGCUUACGGCUUUGUCGCUUUCUUCCAAAAUUGAAGUCGGUUCUAAAGCUACCAACAGACCGUGCUCUUCUACAGCAGUUCCAGUUGGUUACGAGACAUUUGCUAACGACAGAGAAGGAUACCGACGUCGAGGCGGGUAUUAGAACUGCAUUCAAAGAGUUGGAUAGAAUGGAUAUAACUGUUGAGACGUUGAGUGGCCGAACGUUUUUCGAAGACGAUCUGCUUGAUGCAAAGAAGGAAGAAGACGAAAAGCAGAUUGAGAUGGAAGAGGAGUUGGAAGCAGCAGAACAAGAGAAGAAUGACAAGGAGAGUACGAAGCACGGGAGACAUUCCAUUGAUUCGAAAAAGGGAAGGAGCGCAAAGAAAACCAGUGGUGGUGGUAAGGUGAGCAGAAGCACCAGUCAGACCAGUCCAGCAAGUGUUGGAAGAUCAUUGGGAGGAACGGCAGUGAAGCCAUCAGCAACUCAGGCUUCGUCAUCUGGAUCUAAAUCAUCGCAGUCGAGUUCGAGUAAGGCAGUGACGACAACAAAGACAGCGAAUGAUCGAAUCGCCGUCAACUCGGAACAAUCGGCUGAUCAGAGGAUAGGAAAGAAACCAGAUCUUUUGCCAAUAUUGAGUCCCAGUGUGGCUGCUGCUAGUCCGAGGGCAGGACCAAAGCGUUUUGGCACUCCACAGUCUCCAAAGCCGUCUGCCUCUCCUGUCAUGUCAUCGGCCCUUGCUACAAAGGCAACAGACAGCACAAGGUCUUCAGGUGCAGGUACGAGAGGCACUCAGUCUCGUUCUAGUGCUGGAGUGGCUUCCAGAGGAUCAGGGAGUAUUACGACGUUGCGUUCUGGAACCAGCUCACCUCAUAUACCGCUCACGACGACGAAGAGCAAAGAAAAGACUUCGUCACAUAUACCGUCUUCUUCACCAGUACCUGUUGCUUUGAAAGGGUCUUUUUCGAAGAAGAAUCACUCGACAACAUCCAAUGGUCAGCCGCACAUCGCUUUAUCAUCUACCAAGUCAGUGAAGCCCAAAACGUAGUAACUAGCUACACAGCCCAAAUGCAUAAUAAAGCUUGCUAUCUUUUCUCAGUUCUCGUGUGUAUAUAGUGAUAUAACAUAACUCAGCAUGCUGGCGUGUGAGCUGUGAUUGCCACUCAGCAGCAAUAUUUUUCUUUCUCAGUGAGACAGACAGACAGAUGUGGCGUCGGCGGCUAGUACAAAGGACUAGUUUUUUAAUAGUUUGAUGUGGCUGUAAAUGUGAGAUGUAAACAUAGGAGAAGUAAUGUCAGUAUUUGAC